CUUUAAACGGUUACGCCAAAACUAAUUUGUUAUUUUGCGCUCGCAACACUGCAGUUCAGCUGACGGCUCACUCGAUUUCUAUUACGUGUUGGUUGUGUUUAAGAGGCAGAGACAAUAGGUGCGGUGAUGGAUGCUGAGAUGGCGCAGAGCGAAUCGGCUAGUCACUACGAAUUCGAUGCACCGUCACAUGUCAUUGAUUUCCAAGCAUUGGAAACGGAGGACAACGCAGAUAUUUGGUUUGACCAAUGUGCUGGCCAGGAUGAGAGACUGUUUGGCCAUCUUGCCACCCCAAACAGAAACAUACCAUUUGGUGCGACCCCCAAAGCACACUUGCCCAGGGCGAUUGUAUCUCCCAGGGUGAAAGAGAACUCCGACUCGGAAGCCCCAAGCACAUCCUCAGUACCCACCACAGCAGAUGCCCCGAGCACGUCCUCCAACAUUGUCACAUCCUGGGGAAAUAGGCCAGCACCGGUAGCUGCCCCACCAAAGGGACCGCCUGCCCGACCACGCAGGGUGUCAAAACGCAAAGAUGCAUCCAGCAAUGAAGGACAGCACACAGCCCCUGAAGCUGCACCACCUGUUAAGAAGCUGAGGAGGAGCUUAUCACUACCCCCUAGGCGCAGUGGUAGUGUCCGUACUAGCGUGCGACUCAACCCCAGAGCAGCCAACCAGGCCCGGCCCGCUGCAGCAGCCACGAGCACCACACAGAAUAAGAGCUCUGAGCAGCAGGAGAUGGUGCACAUCAAGACUCUUCAGAAGGAGGUGGCUGACAAGCGGAAGAGGAACGAGGCCAGCUACAAGGCUGCCUUGGCAGGCAGUCAGCUCCCUAAGAAGCUGGCUCUGGCCACCACCGUACCCAAAGAGUUCAACUUCAGCACAGAUGGACGCGUCAAGGCAGGCACUGCAUCAACCCACAUGGAGGUGGACUUCACUGCUCAGCUCCGCAAGCACCCGUCCUCCCCCACCAAGGCGCCGAAGGGUGCCACUGUUCCCAAGCCCUUCAACCUGUCAACUGGCAGCAAGAGGAAGGUGGCGGACCCUGUCCCCUUCAUGCCAAUGGCCCAACAGAUCGAGCUGUUCCAGAAACGGACUCCGACCCGCUACCACCUUCGUAGUCGACAGAGCCAGGAGAGGGGCCCAUCGCCUGUGAAGAGUGAGCAGCUUAAGAUCACCCACCCUCACACCCCUCAGCUGAUGACCCGACAGAGGAGCCGUCCCACGGCGGUCAAGAGCAGCGCUGAGCUGGAGGCCGAGGAGCUCCAGAAACUCCAACAGUUUAAGUUCAAGGCCCUGGAGCUGAACAGAAAGAUCCUGGAGGGGGCACUGAACCCCAAAAAGCCCACUGUGAAGGAGUCCACACACCCAGAGGUAUUCCAUAUGCAUAUGGACAGGAGACUUGCGGAGCGGCAAGCCAGCAAGAAGCCAGAUGAGCCUGAGGAGCAGCACACCUUCCGCUCCCGCCCGCUGCCGGUCAGGAUCCUGGAGGAGGUGGUGGGUGUCCCGGAAAAGAAGGUGCAGUGUCCCACUGUUCCAGAGUCCCCUGCAUGGGCCCUGAAGAGGAUGUGCAUGGACAGAAAAGUGGAGGAGGUGAAACCCCCAGCCCCGCUCAAGGCCCAUGCUGUGCCCCACUUUGGCCUGCCCUUUCUGCCUAAGCUCCAGGACAAGACCCAGGUGGAGGUGUGCCCCUUCUCCUUUGAAGAGCGGGAGCGCGAGAGGCGGGUGCUGAAAGAGAAGAGGCUGGAGGAGCUGAGGCACGAAGAGGCGCCAACGUUCAAGGCCCAGCCACUGCCAGACUUCCAUGCGGUGGUCCUGCCAGAGAAGAAGGUGGCUGAGCCCACCAAGCCUGAGCCCUUCAAGCUGCUCCUCGACGAGCGGGGAGCCGCCAAGAAUGACCGCUGGGAGCAGAUGAUGAAGGAGGAACAGAAGCACCAGGCGGAGGCAGCCACCUUCAAAGCUCGCCCAAACACGGCAAUUCACAAAGAGCCGUUCAUGCCCAAGAAAGAGAACCGCUCAGUCCUGGAAGACAUUAAUAAUUCCGUAGUUCCAGAGGUCUUCCAGCUAUCCACAGAGCGCCGCGCCAAGGAGCGGCUGGAGUUUGAGCGGGCGGUGAGCGAAAAGGAGGCGCUGAGGGCUCGCGUGGAGGAGGCGCAGCGGAUGGAGCUGGAGGAGUGCGAGAAGGAGAAAAUGGCCAGGCUACGCCAAGAGCAGGUCCACAAAGCCCAGCCCAUCAGACGCUACAAACUGCUGGAGCUGAAGAAGAGCGACGUCACACUAACUGUGCCCCAGUCCCCCAACUUUUCUGACCGUUUCCGCAUGUGAUGGCUGAGGGAAAGGUUUCGCGUGUGUGUGUGUAUGUAUGUCUGCCUUUUUUAUUAGUUUGUAGCUGUACAUUAACUGCGGUUGUGAAUUCGUCCCCUGUAGUGUUAUACCUUGACUGGUAGAAAGGGUCUAUACUUUCAUCGUCCUUGAUUCAGAAAAGUACAUUUGACACGUUUGCAGGUGGUUCUUAAGAAAAAAUAAUAUUCCCAAGAGCUGGUGAAAUCCUAUGUUUUGCCCUUAGUGGGGAGUGUCUUUGCCAUUUUAGCUGCCAGACACGCAUUUCCCAACCUCUGAUGGAACUACACAUUUCUAUGCGACGUGACCACGUCGUUCUGCGUGAGAAAUGCCUCGUGUAGAACGAUGUAAAAUACAUGCGCUGUAAUCUUUCUGAAUAUUCGCUUGCUUUUGGAGAACCACCUGCAACUGAACAUAACAUACUUUUGUGCUCAAUUUGGAAGUAAUGUAUCGUCAAGACCAGGUUAGUUGGAAAAUUAGCUUCUGACCCCUUUCUACUAGCCAAAGUGUAAUGCUAUUAUGGGACAAUUCACAAACCUAUGUGUUAUUGUAUAGCUAAGUAACUACUUCUAAUCCUAUAAAAUGUUCUAACUUCUCAUUCCCAUCUUAAUUGUACGUGGCCUGUACUUUUUGUUUGUUCUGAUUUACUGUCCGAUUUCAAUUAUGUAUAAUAAAGUUUUUACUUUUAAUAUAGUAAAGACUUAGUUCAUACACCAGAAUUGACAGCCUUACUAUCUUUUGAAGUCAUAUCUGCAUACUGAACCAGAUUCUAAAAAGCAAAAAAAUAUAUUUUUUUUUACUGAGUUACAGUUCAUGAGCAAAUCAUUCAAAUGAAAUGUAUUCACUAGGCCCUAAUCUAUAGAUUUCACAUGACUGGGAAUACAGAUAUGCAUCUGGUCACAGAUAUACAGUGCAUUAAAAGAAAUGGGCCUCGG